CACACGUACGCGCUCAGCGAUUUGCAGAGAGAGUUUUCGGGUUUUUGUUUAGUUUUAUUUGAUUGCAACUCGAUUGGAACGACAGCGGUUGGCGCAGCACACAACAAUUCCUCAGCGAGGUCGAUAAGAACGGGGGCCAAACUAAGAAAAAGCUCCAGCCGACUCGAUUCGAUUCGAAGCUCAGAAGAUUGGACUUCAGAACUCGAACUUUGGCACCACAGCAGCGCAUCCACGAACGUCGCACCCAAAAAUUCAUGAAUGCCCAGCAGCGGAUUUGGACUCGGAUUCGGAAUCGGAAUCAAUAGCGAACGACAACAACAAAAGGGGGAGCCGAAAGUGGGGUUUGCAACACCGCGGAUUGCACACAAUAAUUAGGUAUGGCGGCGAUUGAGGAGCGUUUCCAGGCGGCAGUCAAUGUGAUAAAGGGUCUGCCCAAAAAUGGCCCCUACCAGCCCAGCACCAGCAUGAUGCUCAAGUUCUACGGGCUGUUCAAACAGGCCACCGAGGGUAGACCAGAUGUGGACAAGAAGCCCGGCUUUUGGGACAUCGUAGGCAAGGCCAAGUGGCAGGCAUGGAACGAUAACCGUCACUUGACCAAGGAGGAGGCGAUGCAGCGCUAUGUGGAGAGCCUGCAGGAGAUCAUUGAGACCAUGUCGUUCACGGAGAAUGUGCAGAACUUUGUGGGCAGCCUCGAUAGUCUGGGAAACAUCAGCCUGGACGAACUGGAGCUGGUCUCGCCCGGCAUGAAGGAGCUGGCCGAGUCGCAUCCCAACUCGCCGUUCCACUCGCGCACCAACAGUCCCCAGCACGGCUCCAGUUGUAAUGGCGAACCGGAGCCGGAACCUCAGGCGACUAGCACCGCACCGCUGGCCACAUCCGAAACGAUUAAGGAGAAUGGCCAUAGUUCGCCGCCACUGACCAAUGGCUAUGGACCUAAGCCAACAGCAAGCUACACACAACAUGACACGCACAACUUUACGAGCAACAGCAGCGUGGCCAUCGUGGAUCCCUCGGACGAUGAGUACGACGAUCCCUACGAUCUCAGCCACGAGCUGACCCAGGCGAUUGGCCAGAACACGGACCUGCUGCGUCAAAUCCAGGCUGCUAUCACACGGAUGAACAGCGAUGUGGGCGCAGUGCAGCAGCGCGUUCGCAGCCUGGAGCAGUCGCUCAACGAACUUCGCAGCGGCCAAAAGGCAGCGAAAGGAACGGUGGCGCAGCCACGAUCACUGCCCGCCUGGUGGCCCUUCAGGAACAUCUCCCCGCUCUGGUUUGCCGUCCUCAUCCUGUGGCCUUUCCUGGUGAGGCGGUUCGCGCGGAUGCUUCAGUCCAAUCCGCAGCGCAGGCACUGACGCAGGAAAGCUAUACUUGCGGAGGGCGGAACAUGUGGUAGUUAAAUUUUAUCUUCGGUUACGGGCACGAGCUUGGUCUUUAGCUUUCUUCUAUCCUAGAAAGCGCUUCAGUUAUUGUACAGAGUUGGCCUUAUUUAUACCUUACUUACCCCCAUGGUUAUCCAGUUGCAAUAUCUCUACCCCCUUUUGUACACGUCUAUAUAUGUAUAUUGAAUGUAUAUUUAUUUCGUACACACAAAUCGCGACCUUUUUGUCACAUUCCCCAUCUGAUUUAGUUCGUAAGUCGAAUGUUUUGGCAAUUUUGUCCAGCAGAAGGCGAGUUUUAGCCACCUGAAAGCGCCGAUCUACUGAAAAUACGGUUGUAAGCGUAUACUUUAUUGUGCAUUAUUUGUUGUUAAUUAUAAUUUUUGUAAUAAAGCAAAAAAAAAGUGAG